AUGUCCGCUUUCUUGUUAUGUCCGCAAACUUUGGGUAUUCUUGAGGACUUUGGUACCGUUCCCGGUUCCUCGACGAACGCUACGGGUGUAGUGAAUCCUGCUGCCGUCAAUCCCAAUGCCCAUGCCAAUGCCGCGAGUGUGAACAUGAACAUGGGCAUGAGCCCCAAUGCCAACGUUAACCUGAACGCCAACGCUAACAUGAACGCGAACGUGGCGAACGCCAAUCAGAGCAGCGGGUUCAGAAGCAGCUCGUCUCCGGUGAUGCGAGGAGGGGAUGGAGGUGUUAGUGAUGGUGGGAGUAGUGAUGGGGGCCAUAGUGGACAUAGUGUGGGUGUUGGUGGUGCUGGGCAGCAGAGGGCUGGGGCUGGGUCUGGGUAUGUGGCUGGUGGGAGGGGUAGGAGGCGACUUCUUAAUGAUUUGGCUGGAACGACUGGUGGAGACCCGUAUACAUUCCAGUAUGGGCAGAGGAGGGCUAGAGCUGGUUCGACGGCUAGUACUUCGUCGACCAGGCCUAGUACCCAGCAUGGGUUUGAUAGUGUGAAUCCUAGUCCUUUGAUUACAGCUCAAACCCUCGCUUCGAACACGAGCCAACCAGGUUCAGCAACCAACACGACCUUCUCCAACGCCUUCAAUUCGCUCUCAUUGGACGACCAACAGGCUCUAGCUUCCCUCGUCGGUUCAGACGGACGGAAUCUGGGUUUGUUCCCGCAUCUUACUGGCGCCAGUGGGGGAAGCGAGUCGAGUGAUCCGGACGCUACGCCACUCGCCAUGCCGAGCCAGCAGCAACGUGCGUCGCAGACAGGGGCUGGACCUGGGUUCUCUCCUAUCCAAAGACCAGUCUCGAGUUUGGCGGCGCUGCCUCCGAGCAGUUAUUUGAAUUCUGUGUGGCAGCAGGGGGCGCAGGGAGCGGGUGCGAAUGAUACGGAUACGUUUGGGUGGGGUGCUCAUCCGGGCUCUGGUUCGGUGUUUGGGACUGGGACUGGGUGGACGCCAGGGGGUUUACUCGCCGACUUCAACUUUGGCAGUGGCGAUAAUUCGAAUUCAAAUGCGUCGUCGAAUCCGGACGGCUCGUCGGGUGACCAGAACUCCGGUUCGAAUCCGGGAGCAGGAGGAGGAGGCGGAGGGUCGUUGGGUUUGCCGAGUGUGGGUGGAGGAGGGUUGGGGUUGUUCCCUGGGUUUGGGCCGACGGGGUUGACGCCUACGCCUGGGAAGGAGGUGGAUGCCAACCAGAUGAAGGAGUUCUGGAAGAUGUAUAUGAAGACGCCGUUGACGGGGCCUGGGUUCGAUGCUGGAGCUCAGCAUCAGGUUGGAGGAGGAGGCAACUCGGAGGGAGAUGGAAAUCCUGGUCAUUCGUCCUCGAAUAGCGGUGAUCAUAAUUCAUCCGGCAACCACAACAACUCGUCUUCGAACCCUGCUCCUGGGACGCCUGGGUAUCGCCGGCCUAGGGUGGCGUCUCUCCCGUCUAGCAACUCUACGCCCAAGCUGCACCGGGACGGCGCCGUCGCUCACCUGCAGCAUCUCCAGCAACAGCUGCACCAACAAGGCAAGCUAGGUGCUCUAGGCCCGAUGAGCUCGUUGCGGACCACGCUGCAUGGGCCGCUCGGUGGUGAUGGACCCCCAGGACAGAACAACCAGGGCAACAUGCCUGGUCAUCAGGAGGACUUGGCUUCGUAUGGCGCUGCGGUGCUAGCGCGCAAGGCGCCUGUGAAUCUCAGCUUGGCGAGGGCGCUGGAGAGGAUGAAGCGGCAUCAGCAGCAGGGUGGAGGUGCUCAUUCGAAUCGGCCGUCCAACCUCUCGUAUGGGGGAAGUACGACUGCUUCGUCUGGCAGCCCGAGUCUUUCGUCGAGGGAGUCGAGUGUGGGUGUGGAUGGCCAGCAGCAGCAGCAGAGGGUGGAUGGUGGCGGUGGGGAUGUGAGGAUGGGCAGUGCGGAGGCGGAGGGGGAGAGGGUGGUUAGGCCUAGGCCGUCGGUGAAGAGGCUUGCGUCGAGUGUGCUGGAGAAUGAGGUCGUCAAAGUUGGGAGGUUUGAUGGAAAGGAUGGUGACGCCACCACUGCGGCAGGGGAUGUCACGAUGAGCUCGCCGAGUCGGGGAGGAUCGCCUCUCGUUGCGCCUAUACCCUCUGCGCCGUUUGCUUUGCCGCCAGCGUCGGAUGACGGGGACGCGAUGCAGAAGGCGGCGAGUACGAGUAGCGCGAAGUUCCCGCCUCCUGGAUCUUUGGCGGGUGAUUCGGCGCAGAUUUCUCCGCCUAGUUCUUCGUCGGCUCCUCCCAUGGGUUUGGCUGCGUCGACGGGGUUGCCGUUUCCCGGGGGAAGGUCUUCGACCGGUUCCGGCGGGAUGAGUCUGUUGGAGAGGAGGGCGAGGGGUGGGAUGGGAGGUGGGCCUGUUCCUGUUGCAUUGGCCGAUGCGGCUACUCAAUAA